AUGAACCAAUACGUGGACAACCCCACGGUGGCGUCGCUGACGUUGCUCGUCAGCAAGCCCCUAUGGAAACGACCCUACGUGUGGCCGUUCACCGUGAUCUACCCAUUAUUCCUCCAGGUCUACCUCAACCACUACGACGAGUACAUUAAGGGUUCGGAAUGGACCUUUGUCUACUUGAUCACCAUCAUCUCCAUCAACUUGUUGUUUUGGUUGAUGCCCUACUGGAACUUGGACAUUGCCCAGCGGUUCAAUUACUCCGUCGUCAAGACGGUGGACGAGGCGAAAUACAUCAAGAUCGACCCCAUCGCCAACACCGGCGUCGCCGAAAUCUGCGAGAUCUUGCGCUCCCCCGAUCAAACGCUGUUUUUAUUCCAAAAGAGACGCCAUUUGUGGCAACCUAAGCUGGACAACUUUGCCCCGCCAAAGUUUGUUGUCGACGAAAAGCCCCGUCUCGAGGUGUUCCAACAACUGAAGGGGCUUAAAUCUGAAGAAUUGGCUGGUUUGACGAAAGUGUACGGCACCAACAAGUUUGAUAUUCCCGUGCCCACGUUUAUGGAGUUGUUUAAAGAGCACGCGGUGGCGCCGUUCUUUGUGUUCCAGAUCUUCUGUGUCGCGUUAUGGUGUAUGGACGAACAGUGGUACUACUCGCUCUUCUCGUUGUUUGUCCUCGUGGCGUUUGAGAUGCUGACGGUGUUUCAGCGCCGGGUGACGAUGCUGGAGUUCCAGCAGAUGGGGAUCAAGCCCUACCCUAUCUACGUCUACCGUGACCACAAAUGGAUGCAAAAAGGUACCGACGACCUCUUACCUGGCGACGUGGUGCUGGUGGUACGUACCAGUGAAGAACUGGCCCUCCCCUGUGACUUAUUGCUUUUGGACGGCGAGGCGAUCGUCAACGAAGCCAUGUUGAGUGGUGAACUGACCCCUUUGCUUAAGGAAUCGAUUAAAUUGCGUCCCAGCUCGGAAAAGUUUGACCCGGAAGGAUUCGACAAGAACUCGCUCCUCCACGGGGGGACGAUGGCCCUCCAGGUGACCCCGGCAGCCCUGUCCUCUAUCCCCGCCGCUCCCGAUAAGGGGGCGCUUGCCUACGUGUGCAAGACCGGGUUCGAAACGAUGCAAGGCCUGCUUGUGCGGAUGAUGAUCUUCUCGCUGGAACGGGUGCUGGUGGGUAACAAAGAAGCGUUUAUGUUCAUCUUGUUCUUGCUUCAAUUCGCCAUUGUCGCUUCGUGGUACGUGUGGGUGGAAGGCACCAAGAUGGGCCGCAUCCAAUCGAAGCUUAUUUUGGACUGUAUCCUUAUUAUCACCCUGGUGGUCCCUCCUGAAUUGCCUAUGGAAUUGACGAUGGCAGUUAACCUGUCGUUGCAACUGUUGCUUAAGUUCUUUGUCUACUGUACCGAGCCCUUCCGCAUCCCCUUGGCCGGCCGUUUAGACGUGUGCUGCUUUGACAAGACCGGGACGUUAACCGCCGAAGACCUCAACUUCGAAGGGCUUGCCGGCCUCAACCCUAACCUGGAAGACUUGCACCACUUGUACACCGUCGACGAAGCUCCCGUUACUACUCAAUUUGUUUUGGGUACCGCUCACGCUCUUGUCAAGUUAGAUGACGGCGAAGUCGUUGGUGACCCUAUGGAAAAGACGACGUUAAAGCUGGCGAAAUGGAUCGUCGGCGAAAAGGAUACCGUCACUAAGGAUAAGCACAAGGCGAAGAUCUUGCGCCGGUUCCAGUUCUCGCUGGCACUUAAGCGGUCGGCCACCGUCGCCCUGAUCACCCUGAAGGAUAUGCCCGAUAAGAAGAACUUUGUCGCCGUUAAAGGUGCCCCGGAAACUAUUGCCAAGAUGGUGGUGGACGCUCCUGCCAACUACGACGCCGUCUACAAGCUGUUUACCCGUCUGGGGUCGAGAGUGUUGGCCCUUGCCUACAAGUAUCUCGACGCCAGCGUCAAUGUCACCAAAGUCGACCGCGAAGACGUCGAACUGGACCUCCACUUUGCCGGUUUCAUCGUGUUCUACUGCCCGCUUAAGCCCGACGCCGUCAAGACGAUCGCCAUGCUUAACGAACUGAGCCACCGCCUGGUGAUGAUCACCGGUGACAACCCGCUUACCGCCGUCCACGUCGCUAAAGCCGUCGCCAUCUGCGACCCCGCCAAGGACGUGCUCAUCUUGGAUGCCCCUGAAGACCACCACGCCACCGAGGAACACCACAACUUAGUGUGGCGCAACGUCGACGAGCUGGUGGUGAUCCCGUUCUCGCUGGACGACAAGCUCGACGUCACUUUGUUCGACAAGUACGACGUGUGUGUUACUGGCUACGCUUUAACCCACCUCACCAGCCACCCGCAAAUUGCUAAAUUGUUGCGCCACUCGUGGGUGUACGCCCGGGUGCUGCCGCUGCAAAAGGAGUUCAUUAUUAAUCUGUACAAGGACGCCGGCUACAACACGUUGAUGUGUGGUGACGGUACCAACGACGUCGGUGCCUUAAAGCAGGCCCACAUCGGGGUGGCGUUGCUUAACGGGACCGAGGAUGGGAUGAAGAAGAUCGCCGAACAGAAGAAGACGGAAGCGCAAAUGAAGGUCUACGAAAAGCAAGUGAGAAUCAUGACCAACUGGAACCAGCCGGUGCCCCCCGUGCCCUUGGCGAUCGCUCACAUGUACCCUCCCGGGGUGCUGAACCCUAAGUACUUGGAAGCGGUGGCUGCCCGUGGCGUGGAAAUCACCGACGAGUUGAGAGCGGCCGUCGCCGCUGCCGUCAAGGCUAACCAGCCGCUUAAAAUCACCAACGAUUCCGGCGCCCAGGCGCUGAUGGCCGACGCGCUUUUGGGGGCCCUCAACGACGCCGACGAGGACGAAGCCCCCAAACUCAAGUUGGGUGAUGCCCUGGUGGCGGCUCCGUUCACGUCGAAGCUCGCCAACGUGUCGGCGGUGACCCACAUCAUCAGACAAGGGCGGUGCGCGUUGGUGCUGACGAUCCAGAUGUACAAGAUCUUGGCGCUUAACUGUCUUAUCUCGGCCUACUCGCUUUCCGUAUUGUACUUGGCCGGGAUCAAGUUUGGCGACUCGCAAGCCACGGUGCUGGGGAUCUUGAUCUCGGUGUGUUUCCUCCUGGUGCUGAGAGCCAAGCCGUUGGAGAAGUUGUCGUCGCAACGGCCGAUGCCCGGGAUCUUCAACAAGUACAUCAUGGGGCUGAUUUUGGGCCAGUUCGCCAUCCAUAUCAUCACCUUAGUGUACAUGGCGAGAGAAGUGUACAUUUUGGAGCCGAGAGAACCGCAAGUCGAUUUGGAAAAGGAGUUCAGCCCCUCGCUCUUGAACACGGCGAUGUUCCUCUUGCAAUUGGCGCAACAGGUGCUGACGUUUGCCGUCAAUUACCAGGGUUACCCCUUCCGCGAACGCAUCAGCGAUAAUAAGGGGAUGUAUUACGGGUUGAUCGGGGUGGCGGCCCUCGCCCUCGCCGGGGCCACCGAAUUCGUCCCCGAGCUCAACGAGGCGAUGAAGUUUGUCCCCAUGACCACCGAGUUCAAGGUGAAGUUGACGGGGCUGCUUUUGCUCGACUUCUUCGGGUCGUGGGCGGUGGAGUUGGUGACGAAGUACUUCUUCAUGAACUCGGACCCCGCUGACAUCGCCCAACACUAG